AUGCCGGAGCCCUCUGCUCCCGCAAUAUCGCACGGUCGUAUCAAACCAAAGGGUUUGUCGCUUGUUUCAUUCAAUAUCCGCGGUUUGCGAAAUAACCUCCCAGAGCUUAGGCUAUUUCUUCGAGAUCGCGAAGCCGACCUCCUCCUCCUUCAGGAGACCCACCUCAGCCCCAAGGUCUCUAAAGGCCUUUCUAUUAAAAAUUAUUCACUUCUGCGUAAUGACAGACCCGACCGCAAAGGCGGCGGUACUGCCAUUUAUUACAAAAAGUCCCUUCAUUGCUCCCACAUACCCAAUCCGACGCUUACCAGUAUGGAAGCCACUAUCACUAGAUUAGCCAUGACUAGACACCAGUCAAUCAUUAUAGCCUCUUGCUAUAUCCCUAGCGGAACCCUCCCCGUUAAGAGUGAUUUCGAAGCCAUCCUUGCAUUAGGCGGUUCAGUCAUUAUGUUUGGAGACUUUAACUCCAAGCAUACUGAAUGGACCUGCCGCACUACUACCGGUAGUGGCAAGGUGCUUCUCAAUAUCAGCGCUGUCACCCACUAUCCCGACAAUGUUAACUACGCUUCUGACGUGCUAGACCUUGCUCUUGUUAAAGGAGUCUCCCUUAACCUUAGAGCAAUCGAGUCUCUCGAUGAUCUAGGAUCCGACCACCGUCCUGCAUCCCUCCUUCUUGGUCAUCAGCCAUCUCCAACUCCUACUUCCAAAACCUACACCAACUGGAAGGGCUUCUAG